AUGGACUCGCAACGGCAAAGCGACGUGUCGCCUGAGGCGAUGCAGGCACGGAUCCAGCAAGCACGCCGUGAGGCCGAGACGCUGAAAGACCGCAUCAAGAGAAAGAAGGAUGAGCUCGCCGAUACAACACUUCGCGCUGUUGCUCAGCAGGCGCACGAGCCGAUCUCGCGGAACCAGAUGAUGAAGCCGAAGCGCACUCUCAAGGGCCAUCUGGCCAAGAUCUAUGCCAUGCACUGGUCCACCGACCGGAGACACCUCGUGUCCGCCUCGCAGGACGGCAAGCUGAUCAUCUGGGACGCCUACACAACCAACAAAGUCCACGCCAUUCCCCUGCGCUCGUCGUGGGUCAUGACCUGCGCGUAUGCUCCGAGUGGCAACUACGUUGCCUGCGGUGGUCUCGACAACAUCUGCUCCAUCUACAACCUCAACCAGAACCGUGACGGUCCCACUCGUGUUGCUCGCGAACUGUCUGGCCACGCCGGCUACCUCUCGUGCUGUCGCUUCAUCAAUGACCGCAGCAUCCUGACCUCGUCCGGCGACAUGACCUGCAUGAAGUGGGACAUUGAGACGGGCACACGUGUGGUCGAGUUUGCCGAUCAUCUGGGCGACGUCAUGAGCAUCAGCUUGAACCCGACCAACCAGAACACCUUCAUCUCUGGUGCGUGCGACGCUUUCGCCAAGCUGUGGGAUAUCCGCGCCGGCAAGGCCGUCCAGACAUUCGCCGGCCACGAGUCCGACAUCAACGCCAUCCAGUUCUUCCCUGACGGCCACUCGUUUGUGACUGGCUCCGACGACGCCACUUGCCGUCUGUUCGAUAUCCGUGCCGAUCGCGAGCUCAACGUCUACGGUUCCGAGUCCAUUCUUUGCGGUAUCACAUCGGUCGCCACUUCAGUGUCUGGCCGUUUACUGUUCGCGGGCUACGACGAUUUCGAGUGCAAGGUCUGGGAUGUCACGCGCGGCGAGAAGGUCGGCUCUCUUGUCGGCCACGAGAACCGUGUAAGCUGCCUGGGUGUCAGCAACGACGGCAUCAGCCUGUGCACAGGCUCGUGGGAUUCCUCGCUGAAGAUCUGGGCUUACUAA